CAGCAUUUGGCGGAAGUAGUGGAGUUUUGGCACACUGAAAGUUCUAGCUUCCACCUGGGGUAGUGGAGCUACGCUUGUACUGUUUGACUCUGUGUGAUGUAGUGUGGUUUUCCAUAGCUGUUGGUUUGUUAGUGGUGCGUGUUUUUUUGGCAGGUCACAACAUGAGGCGGAAGGAGAAGAGGUUGUUGCAGAUCGUCGGUUUGGUUUUAGCAGCUCUUGUUUUCCUUCCUAAUGUAGGGCUUUGGUCUUUGUAUCGUGAGAAGCACACUGAGGAUAAUCUGGCAGCGGGAGCAGUGGCACCUGGCGCUGUCAUGGGAGGAGAGGCAGCCGCUGCUGCUAGACCACAGGUGUUGCCUGUGAGAGAGAAAAAGGAAGUUAAUUUUGGUGAACACGUAUUAAAACGGAAAGACUGGCAUGAUUAUGAAGCCAUCAAGAGAGAUGCUGCAAGAACAGGAAACGGAGAACAAGGAAAACCAUUUCCAAUUACCGAUUCUGAUCGUGCAGAGCAGGCUUACAGAGAAAAUGGGUUCAAUAUUUAUGUGAGCAACAAGAUUUCCCUGAAUCGCUCUCUGCCCGAUAUCAGGCACUCAAACUGCAAGAAUAAACUGUAUCUAGAGAAGAUGCCCAAUACAAGUAUCAUAAUUCCAUUUCACAAUGAAGGCUGGUCCUCUCUGCUGCGGACAGUGCACAGUGUUCUAAACCGAUCACCACCUGAACUUAUUGCAGAAGUAGUAUUAGUGGAUGACUUCAGUGACAAAGAGCACUUGAAGACUCCCUUGGAGCAGUACAUAGCACGAAUACCCAAAGUGAGAAUUGUUCGCACUAAGAAGAGAGAAGGACUUAUCAGAACGCGGAUGUUAGGGGCUUCAGUGGCUAUUGGUGAUGUUCUUACCUUCCUGGAUUCUCAUUGUGAAGCUAAUGUGAACUGGCUGCCACCAUUACUAGACCGCAUUGCACAAAACCACAAGACCAUUGUGUGUCCAAUGAUUGAUGUUAUUGACCACGACCAUUUUGGAUAUGAAACUCAAGCAGGUGAUGCAAUGCGAGGAGCCUUUGACUGGGAGAUGUACUACAAGAGGAUUCCAAUUCCACCUGAGCUCCAGAAACCAGACCCCAGCGAUCCAUUUGAAUCCCCAGUCAUGGCUGGAGGUUUGUUUGCAGUAGACAGAAGGUGGUUCUCGGAGCUUGGAGGCUAUGACACAGGCCUGGAGAUCUGGGGAGGAGAGCAGUAUGAAAUUUCAUUCAAGGUAUGGAUGUGCGGUGGGCAAAUGGAAGAUAUCCCUUGCUCAAGAGUUGGCCACAUCUACAGGAAGUAUGUUCCCUACACAGUUCCAGGUGGAGUCAGUCUUGCCAGGAAUCUAAAGAGAGUAGCAGAAGUGUGGAUGGAUGAGUAUGCAGAGUAUAUCUAUCAGCGAAGGCCUGAGUAUCGACAUCUGUCUGUAGGAGAUGUGACAGCCCAGAAAGAAAUGCGGAACAAACUCAACUGCAAAAGCUUCAAGUGGUUCAUGAGUGAAGUGGCCUGGGAUUUGCCAAAGUAUUACCCACCUGUAGAACCACCAGCUGCCGCAUGGGGAGAGAUUCGAAGUGCAGCUGGCCUCUGUGUAGAUACCAGGCAUGGUGGUUCUGGUUCUCAGCUCCGGCUUGAGGCUUGUCAGAAAGGAAAUGGUGAUGGGAGCUGGAACAGUGGUCAGAUAUUCACAUUUAGUUGGCGUGAAGACAUUCGUCCCGGAGAUCCUCUGCACACCAAAAAGCUGUGCUUUGAUGCUGUUUCCCACAGAAGUCCAGUCACUCUUUAUGAUUGUCAUGGGAUGAAGGGGAACCAGUUGUGGAGAUACAGAAAAGACAGAAGUUUAUACCAUCCUACCAGUAACAGUUGUAUGGACUAUGGUACAGCAGACAGGAAGAUUUUUAUGAACAUUUGUAACCCAUUGUCACAAACACAACAGUGGAUAUUUGAGCAUACAAACUCCACAGUUUUAUUGAAAUUUAACAAAAAUACUGACUUGUAGAGAUUACAGACACAGAGACUUUAUAUUUGCAAUUAUAUUUUUUAUUGCUGGGGUAGAAAGAAGGUGGUAUUUUUUAAAAAAGAAAAUUCAAGUUUUUUAAUGUAAUUAAGAGUAAAAAAGAAAUAAUCUCAGGAGAGGGUGACGACUAUCAGAAACAUUAUCUUUAAGAUGCUGUAUCUCUGAUUCUGUACUGAAUGUUACUGAAAUUUUAGCUAAAUCAGAUAUUUAUGCAUUUUAAAAGUGCCAUUACAGCAUAGCUUCUAAUCUGUGCUGUUUCUUAUUGCAUCACAUCCUGAUAGUCAUUUGUGUCUGGCACUUUGGUGCAGAGGUUAAAGAGCGUGCUACUAGACACAACCUGCAGCAGUCCUGGGUUUGAUUCCUAUAGUCUCUAUUUGUCUCUGUGUGGCUCUAUAUAAGUCAUUCAGCAGACAUAGCUGUUGGGUCAACCUUGAAAAAGGGACUGUGUAUCCAGUGGGUUUACCCACGUAACAAAUAGAAUUAUUAUUGUCAGAAUGAUAAAAAGUGACCAUGCAACGCAUGUAUACACACUCACAAUUUGGGCUGGAACUGAAUUCUACUUCACAAAUAAUGCCUUCUGUUUCAGACACAUCUUGGUGACUAUUGAAUUCUAAGGUUUAAAGUUCUAGUUCAUGUAAUUUUGAAGAUUUUCAUUGUGUUUUAUGUGUACUCACACAUGUACAUAUAACUGCAGAGGAGAAGAUUUGAAUUGCAAGGUCCACUGAAACAAAUCUUCAGAUGAAGUCGUGAUUUCUUGAGGUGAAAAUCUUCAGAAAAAUUAAAAGCAUUUUUGCUUAAAUCGAGGAUUUCAAACUUUGUUGUAUAUAGUUCCAUGUAUUUAUUGAGUUGUAUCCUGUUUUGAAGGUGCUAAUCAGUAGCAGGUUGUCUGUAUAUGUUUCACUUUAAUGGGCAGAACAUAGUCAAGUAGAGAUUGAUGGAUAACUCGUGGCUACCUUUUUCCUUCCUUGUUAUGGUACUUUUUAUUUUGUAACCACAGCCUAAUAUACCGGGGGGGGGGGCUAAGCUCUAAAAUCGGCUCUUAUUGUUUUUGAAUGCACUUCACAGGUUUCUAAAUUGAAGCUGACUUCUCCACCAUCAUUCAGGCAAACCUGUCUUAUACAGAGAUCAGUUAUCACAGCAAGAACCAACAUAUACUGACAUUGGAUUAUUAGUGGAAGAUGUGGGAAAAAUUAGCUGAUGUAGAUAUGAUUUUUGUUUUUUUGUUUGUUUUGUUUAUGCAUAGUUUUAAAUUUGAUGAGAUAUGUUUACAACUGCAGUUUGACACUUCUUACAAAUGUUGAGUUUCAUGUCUGAGUCAGAUGUAGCAUUGUGUAUUAAAAUAUGUCUGUAAUUAAUAUAAUUUUUUUUCCAGCAGUCCUUUUGAAGCCAGGCUGAUUUUGACAAUUUGUGUAAUUUUAUUUUAUCUUCAGAGCUGUCUAGAUCCUUAAUUAUGUGUAUGUUUAAAUUUAAGUAUGGUAAUUAGUUGCAGGUUGGUUUUAGACUGUGAGGGUCCAAACCUUAAAGUCUUUUCAACACAAAGGUAUACACAUUGAAAUAAAUAAUUUACAUUCUAGGUUUAACAUUUGUACAUUUUAUUGUAGUUUAUUUUUCAGAUUUAUCCUGGAUUCAGUUGUCAAGCUCAGUGCUGGGGGAGGGGGGGAUAGGGGGAUUUGGGUAUGCUCACAAUGAGAGAAAGAUUGAGUGGCAGCAGUUUUCUCUCGUAUUUUUUUUUCUUUCACCCCAGUAAUCCCUUGAUGAAGGCCAGGAGAGCUUUAGGUUAAUGGGGCAGAUUAAAUGGAUAUGACCAUUGAGGGGCACCUAUGUGGUUUGUGGACACAUGCAAACUGCAUUAACAUCAGUGCAUAUUAUGUGUGGGGGGAAAGGGUAAAAUGUAGGUCUUAAGGUAGAAAAGUUCCUCCUGCUACCAGGAUGGUACUUUAUCUGGAUGCUCCUAUGCUUAUUUCCACAUUUCCCACCUGAAUUACAUGUUGUUGUGCCCCCAUAAAUGGAUCCCUUGUCCCGGGAGGUAAGGUUUUACUUAAUUUGGAUGGAAUUCUUAAAUGGAGAAGGUAGACUAGACAUUAGAACACUGCUGAUGGUUAAUAACUGAAAAGCAAAAUUGCACUUACAAAUGUUCAUAUUUAUCUUGCACUUUUAUGUUGAUAUAUAUAGUUCAUUUUCUUAAUAUGGAAAUAACUGCAUUAAUAUUACAGAUGGUCUGGAGUCUCUGUAGGUGUAUUAUUGGCCCUAACAGUCCAAUCACUUUUCCAGCUGAAUUAUACUGCAUAAGUAAAAAGGGCUAAGUUUUUGUUAAGGCAUAUAAUAUCCACUGCUAUGAGGAAACAAUUAGAGAAAGUUUACCAGGUGGCAUUAAGCUGCUCUAGUUCUUGAAAUUCCUUUGCACUGAAGUAGAAAGAGGUGCAGCAUCCUAAACGAUAAUGUACAUUUUUGAAUUCCUAAACUUGAAACAGUUCUUAGUGCCUUGCUGGACAAGAAUUAAAAAAGUGGAGAUAUUUUAACUAACAUGUAAUUACUGUUUAAUUGUUUGUUUUUCUAUGAUGCAUUACAGAUUGUUCCUAAUGUGUUAAUUGUAAACACUCCAGUGUUAGGAAUCAGACUUUGAAUUCAUGAAGCUGGGUUGUUGUAUUUUCAUUAAAUGGCUUCAGUCAACACUGAACAAGCAGCAGUGAGAAUUCUCAUCAUGUUAAACACAGAAGGAGCUAUAAGUGGUAACCUCUUCCUCCGAACCAGUACUUCUGCAAAACAUGCCAUUCUACCUAGAGAAGAAGGUUUUCCACUGAACUUUUAGUCCUUAAUUUUACAGUACUUUGGACAACAUUCAGGUUUCUGCCCUAUAACACUCUUCUGUUGCUAGAUGACUUGUUUGUGGAAAAGAUUUUUAGAUGAUCUCAUUAAUAAGCUGUAAUAAAUCAUCAGGCUGUACUGUUGUUCUGAUCAUGCCAUGCUGAUUAAGAAAUGUGUUUGGUCAAUCCCAAAUAUGUGGACAAAGCUGUGUGAUAAUCAUCAAAAUGUAUAUUAACAGCCAUGCUUGAUCCUGUUUACUUUUCUUUUUUAAUGGGAAUAAUGUUUUUUAUUCCACUGAUCAUGUUUUUUUUUUUUUUUAAAUUGGGAGUUAUGUUUGUUUGUUUAUUUAUUCUAUGUAUCAUCUUGGGGCACUGUUAUAAUCUGAUCCAGAAUUUCUUCCAUAAUGUCACAAAAAUGCUUAGUGGUCAUCAUCUGAGUUUACAAUUUCAAGAACAAUCAUCCCACUGAAUUACUCUCACCAAAGUGAGAUGUGAAUGUACAGCUUUCCAAUUGAUAACACAUUCUAAUGUUUUGCAGAUUGUAGCAGUUUCUUCAUUCAUGCUGCACCAUAAAUCCCAAAUUGUAUAACAGUCCUUGGGUCCAUUAAAUAUUACAUAUUAAA